CUAUGGUUUCUUCUGCAAGUCGUCAGUGUACCACUGCAAUUUCUUCACCAUCAAUUCAGAAAGUGUUUGGACGCCCACUAGAAAAACAUAUACGCCUAUCAGCUAAAAAAUAAAAGUCUGAAGUUACUAAAAACUUUAAUUAUCUAUACCUUUUUGUACUUUAUGUUGUCCCUUUUUGUUAAGAAUCGCAAUAAUUUUUGUUAGACUAUGAACACAGAAGAGUUACGAGAGCUAUACUUAUCAUCUAUUUUACCUGAAAAUAUACAGGAUAAAGAUGUAGCUACUGAAAAUGCUCCUUCUUUCAUGUCGCAGCGCAGUAAAGUUAUACCUGUACGGCUAGAAUACCAAGAGAGAAGACUACUUCAUUUAUUGGUUGCUGCUUUGGAUGUAUGCGAUUACACGGAUACUGUCGAUACCUUACAAUUUUCGUCUAAAGCUAAGCGGACUGCUCAGCAAUUAAAAGGCAUUACCUCUGUAUUAGCAGGAAUUAUGGUAGCCUAUGACUAUAAGGCUGGGCAGGAGUUAUUAGAAAACAGAGAGUUUGAAAAGUAUGCGAGCUUUUUCCAAGAUGUCUUUGAAAUAGGCCGUCGGUACAAGGUCUUGAAUCCCAAUCGGUUAGGUACUUCCUAUGGUAAACUUAUGUACUUUGUUCAGGAUUCCAUGUGUCCAGAAAUUCAGGAAAAUCUAGGGUUCAAUCUAUUUAAGCCAAUUUUAACUGUUUACGAAUUUUUGAAAGAACGAAAAGCUUUGAAGGCGCUUGAGGAUCCUUACAUUACGGUUGCUACUAUGGAAAUUGUAGCAGGCGGUCGGGCAAGAUCUGCUAUUCAAAAAGAUAUUAAAGCAAAAGAGCGUGCGGUAGAAACUAUUGCAAAAAGGCACGCGAGCUCAACCAUAACGAAGGAUCAAAUCCGCUGGUGCUUAUAUUCCUUAGCGGAUAGUAAUAGCUACCUUCGAUUUAACCGAGAUCCGGUUGCUAAAUUGAUAGAUAUGGUUAAACAAAACUUUUCCGCCGAUACCGUGGAUGAUGAAUUUAGUUUGGCUAUCGAUGCCGCCAACGGUUCUCGUUUGCAACAUAAUCAUUACAAGCAAUACCAUUAUGUACUUCAAAGUCUUAACUUGUGGCUAUUAAUUAUGGGUGAAAUCUUCUCCUUAUGGGCCUUGAGUGAUUUAGAGUUGACAAAUCCAGAUGUCCGGUACGAGUUGGUCAAUAAUAAUCAAGGUGUUCACAGGAUACAGGCGUGUCCUAACAUUCGAAUUGCUAUGGAACGUAUUUUGAGCAGAGCUCAGAAACAAGCCGGCUCAUGGAUCGGCGACUCAACAAUUCAUUUGGGUGACACGGCUGUCCCAAAUGCUUUGUUGUUUAUUGAUAAGUAUAUGCAAGUACCACGUAUCCUUACUCCACUUGUUUUACUAUUUGAGGAACUUGACUCUCUACAUGACCAGGCUUUACUCCGCUAUAUAAACACUGCUUUUGGUGGAAAGGAAUAUUUAAAAAAAAUGGUGUUAACAGAUUUCAUGCGCUUUGGUUUUGACGGUUCUGGCGCAGACAACUGGUUUGAUGCUGGUAGCUGUAUCGACGGUCGCCUUACUAGCGCCUGGAAUUGGGCCAACAGCAUCCACACAAAAGAUUAUUAUAGAGUACUAUUGAUGACCGGAUUUUUAAGUUUCAAUGGAGAUUAGGAUGUAAAAAUUAGAUUCAAAAAAAAUCAAUGAUUUUAUAUAUAAUAUUGAAUUACUUUUACUUUAUAUCCAGAGUCAAGUUGAUAGUUUUAUUAAUCCUUUUAGUAUCAAACA